UCCCCCUAUUGCUUUUCUCUCUCUCUCUCUCUCUCUCUCUCUCUCUCUCUCAUCAAACCCUUCUUAAGGCCUUCCAAGCUCUCAACCCCUCUCCCUUUCUCUCUACCUCAUUCCCCUUCUUUUGAUCUUCUUCUUCUCAGGUUUGUUUCAUCAUAAAGGCCGGUCUCCUUGCUUUUUGGAUAAGAGGCCAGCUGGUGUUCCAAUCCUUAAUUUCACAAUUCAAUUCACUAGAGAAGAAGAAGAUCAGAAGAAGUUGUAAUUUGGGAUAUAUUUAUAUACACACAAGAGAUAGAGAAGAUCAUGGCUCCUGUUUCAUUGCCUCCCGGUUUCCGUUUCCACCCCACCGACGAGGAACUUGUCGCUUACUAUCUCAAGAGAAAGAUCAAUGGCCGGAAAAUCGACCUCGAGAUCAUCCCUGAAGUUGAUCUCUACAAGUGUGAGCCUUGGGACCUACCAGGGAAAUCACUACUGCCAGGCAAAGAUUUGGAGUGGUACUUCUUUAGCCCUCGGGACCGAAAGUAUCCGAAUGGAUCCAGGACUAAUCGGGCGACUAAAGCUGGGUAUUGGAAGGCCACAGGGAAAGAUCGGAAAGUAAACUCACAGACUAGGUCUGUGGGGAUGAAGAAAACCCUAGUUUAUUACAGAGGAAGAGCACCUCAUGGGGCUAGAACUGAUUGGGUCAUGCACGAAUACCGACUAGACGAAAGAGAGUGUGAAACUGCCUCAGGCUUGCAGGAUGCAUAUGCACUAUGCCGGGUGUUCAAGAAAACUGCAACUGGGCCAAAUAUUGGAGACCAGCAGAUUCAACACUAUAUUGGUUCAACUUCUAACCAGAUUUCAAGCGAUCAAUCUUCUGGAAUGGACAUAUAUUCCGAAGGAAGAUGUGAUGAUCUAGACAGCUCUGAUUAUCAAAUGCCAAUGGAUCAUACUCCCUCACCCAACAUCUUCCAUGGCUCGGGGCUCAAUAACCAUGGCCCAAGCGACGAGAACUGGAUGCGCUACUUAUCGGAUGAUGCAUUCGGCAUUUCCAAUCCACCAUUUCCAAAUUAUGGAGCCAUUUCCUAUCCCCAUUCCAAGGUUGAUAUAGCGCUGGAGUGUGCAAGGUUGCAACACCGACUCUCAUUGCCGCCAUUAGAGGUGCAAGACUUCCCUCAAGGGGGAUUUGUGGAUAUGAGAAUGCCACAGCCAAGUAAUUCCAUCCAUGGCAACACAAAUGAACAAGACAUUUUGCAGGAAAUUCUUUCGGUUGCUCAGGCGUCUCAACUGAUUAAUCAAGAAACAUGGGAAGCAAGCUAUGCCAGUGGUGAUGAUUUUUCCUUUCAACCUCAUAGCCAACAAAUCCAUCACGACAUGAAUAUUUCUUCAAGAUUCAUGGAAAAAUCAUGGGAAGAUCAGAACACAAGGCCCAUAGAGAUUGGUGGUUUCGAUGGAGAUCAAUUCCAAAAUGAAAGAAUGGUGGAGAACUUGAGAUGGGUUGGAAUGUCUGGCAAAGAACUAGAGAAGAGCUGUUCUGAAGACUACAAAUCUGUUCCAAUUGAAAACUUUUCAAGUUUUCAACGAAGGGAAGGGCAUCAACCACAAGGAGAAACCAAUCUUCACAACAACUUCAACAAAUUCAGUGACACAGAAGUGAAUGAUAUGCCGGUUGGAUUCACCGACAACCCAAAUGAGAAUUUUUUAGAUGAUGGUGACGGCGAUGAUUUCUCAAGCAGUCCAAACUUCGAAGUCUAUGAGAAAAUCGAAGUGAACCGUGGAAUGUUCGUCUCAACUCGCCAAGUAGCCAACACAUUCUUCCACCAGAUAGUUCCUUCCCAGAUUGUCAAGGUCCAUCUAAACCCAGUAAUAACCCAGCCAACGGAAAAACCAUCUGAAUAUUUAACAAACCCUAAAGCCAGUACAAGAAAUUCAUUCGAAAAGUUCAGGCUGCAGAUCAGCAGGAAAAUGGCCAGCCCUGCGAUCACCAUCGUCGCGAUUCUACUGACUUAUUGUUUGUUCCUGGGAGAGUUAAAUCUGGAGGGUGAUGAGAUGUCCAAAUACAGCUUUCCUAGCUUCCCUGGAAUCACUAGCAAAGUUGUGAAGAUAAGAGAGAAAGAUUGCUCCAACUCUGAGGUGACGAGGAAGAUGAGGGAAGAUGGAGAUCAUAAUCAAGUGGUUGCUGUCAGGCGGAACAAGGCCAAGAAGAAGAUUAGGGUGCAUGUUGAGAGAAUAGGAGGCAGCAUUGCAAGUAUGGUUUUGAACAAGAUUUGGCCUUACCUCACCAUUGCAUUGGCUCUUUGUGGCAUUUGGGUGCACCACAUUGCACCUUGAUUAAUUUGAUGGAUCCUAUUUGAUAAUUACUAACCAUAUAGUUUUCAAAGUAGGGGAAGGCAUAAGCUAGCCAUAACCCUAAUAGUUAAUUUGGAUCCAUUUCUGUCUUGAAUAUUAUUUCAUUGUAACUUUUCAUACUGGGGGUGAUACAGUUCUUUUUACAGAUUGGUUAGUGGGAAUACUUCUUCUUUUUUAUUUUUUUAUUGUUGUUGCUGAAUAUACUUCUAGUUACUGCUG